UUGCAAAUUUCCCUGGGAGCUUCUUCCAGCGUCACCUGAGGCGAAGCGAUACAAAGGUGAGUUGCCGGUGGCCGUCUCACCAAAUUCUCUGCCGCCAAACAGCAUCCGGCGGUGCUCUUCUCUCUGCAUAUCAACAGAAUCCAAGCUCCUCACAGUGAUCACUACUGAGAAGAGAACGGCGCUACAGAAAGGUGAAGAUGAACCCUUCAAAUCAACCCCCUGAACAUCCCUCUUCUUUGCCUCCUUACGUUCACAACACCUUCCAAUUCGCCACCUACUCUUCCUCUAACCAUAACCCUAACCUUAACCUCAAUUGGGUCUCCGGCCCUGACCUCCAUUCGAUCUUAACCCCUAAUUUGGGUGCAAGUCCAAUUCCUCACCCUCAUUUGGAUCACCUUGUCGCACUAAAUGUGCCCAGAAGGCCAAGACAAGGUAGACGCCGCACUACGACGGCGGAUUCAUCACAUCAGAACCAGGUAUUUCGCGUUCCGUUCUUUUCAAACAGUGCAAUUAACGCUUGCAGUGGGCAAUCGUCCAUGGCUUCUUCUUCGUCAGUUCCGUCUGCAAACCCCAGUGUGGAAGUUUCUAGUUCUUUAAAUGCUAGCUAUGCAAACCCUAAUUUGUUGACCCAAGCUAUGCCUGAUGUUUCUGAUGAGAUCAUUGUGAUCAACAAAGACGCGACUUCUGAGGCUUUAACUGCACUUACGGCUGGGUUUCCAGCCGAUCAUCUGACUGACGAGGAAAUAGAUGCUGGGGUUGUUUCUGUUGUUGGUGGAAUUGAACAGGUUAAUUACAUUCUUAUUCGGAACCACAUUAUUACCAGGUGGCGUGAGAAUGUAUCGGCUUGGAUCACGAAGGAGAUGUUUGUUGAUAUCAUACCUAAACAUUGUAGCAGACUAUUGGAUUCGGCUUAUAAUUACUUGGUUUCACAUGGCUAUAUUAACUUUGGUGUUGCUCCUGCAAUCAAGGAGAAGAUUCCAUCAGAACCAAGCAAGCCACAUGUUAUCAUUAUUGGGGCAGGGUUGGCAGGUUUGGCUGCUGCAAGGCAACUAAUGAGGCUUGGGUUUAAAGUAACUAUUUUGGAGGGGAGGAAGCGAGCAGGGGGGCGGGUUUAUACAAAGAAAAUGGAGGGAGGCAAUAAGACUGCUGCUGCAGAAUUAGGCGGGAGUGUUUUGACGGGUACAUCUGGAAACCCUCUUGGGAUUAUUGCCCGGCAAUUGUCAUAUUCUCUUCAUAAGGUGAGAGAUAAAUGCCCGCUUUACAGUUUGGAUGGAAAACCAGUGGACCCAGAUAUGGAUUCAAAGGUGGAAACUUCUUUUAACCGUCUUUUGGACAAGGCAACUCGGCUUAGACAGUUAAUGGGAGAGGUUUCACAGGAUGUUUCUCUUGGGGCAGCAUUGGAGACUUUUAGGCAGGUUUAUGGGGAUGCUGUAAACCAAGAGGAGUUGAACUUAUUCAAUUGGCACCUAGCAAAUUUGGAGUAUGCCAAUGCAGGUCUACUUUCUAAGCUUUCACUUGCAUUCUGGGACCAAGAUGACCCUUAUGAUAUGGGAGGGGAUCACUGCUUCCUGCCUGGAGGAAAUGGGAGGCUAGUUCAGGCCUUGACUGAGAACAUGCCAAUCCUUUAUGAGAAAACUGUACAUACCAUCCGUUAUACCAGUGAGGGGGUUCAAGUUGUUACUGGCAGCCAGGUCUUUGAGGGUGAUAUGGUUCUUUGCACUGUUCCAUUAGGAGUUCUGAAGAGUGGGUCUAUCAAGUUCAUUCCAGAGUUGCCUCAGAGGAAGCUCGAUGGAAUAAAGAGGUUAGGAUUUGGUUUGCUAAACAAGGUCGCAAUGCUUUUUCCUCAUGUCUUUUGGGAGACUGAUCUUGAUACUUUUGGCCAUCUAACCGAUGAUCCAAGCCGUAGGGGAGAGUUCUUUCUGUUCUAUAGUUAUGCAACUGUAGCUGGUGGUCCUCUUCUGAUUGCUUUAGUAGCCGGAGAAGCUGCACAUAAGUUUGAGACCAUGCCACCAACUGAUGCUGUUACCAGGGUUCUUCAGAUUCUCAAGGGUAUAUAUGAACCACAAGGAACUACUGUCCCAGAGCCUAUCCAAACUGUCUGUACCAGGUGGGGCAGUGAUCCUUUUAGCUUAGGUUCUUACUCUAAUGUUGCAGUUGGAGCAUCAGGUGAUGACUAUGAUAUCUUAGCAGAGAAUGUAGGAGAUGGAAGAGUUUUCUUUGCCGGUGAAGCAACUACUAGGCGCUACCCUGCAACCAUGCAUGGAGCCUUUCUUAGUGGGCUAAGAGAAGCUGCAAGCAUGGCUCAGUAUGCUAGUGUUAGAGCCUUGAAGAAAAAAAUAGAAAGAAGCCCCUCAAAAAAUGCACAUUCUUGUGCUUCUCUUCUCGCGGAUUUAUUUAGAGAGCCGGACAUGGAAUUUGGAAGUUUUUCUGUAAUUUUUGGUAGAGAAGAUCCUGAUCCAAAGUCAAUGGCAGUCUUAAGGGUGACAUUUAAUGGACCAAGAAAGAGAAAUCAAGAAGGUUCAAAGCCAGAUCAACAGCACUCUAAUAAAUUACUUUUUCAGCAGCUUCAGUCCCAUUUUAAUCAGCAACAGGAGUUCCAUAUCUACACUUUGUUAUCAAGGCAACAGGCACUUGAUCUGAGGGAGGUGAGAGGAGGAGAUGAGAUGAGGUUGCAUUACCUUUCUGAAAAUCUUGGAGUGAAGCUGAUUGGAAGAAAAGGUUUGGGUCCCAAUGCUGAUUCUGUUAUUGCUUCCAUUAAGGCUGAGAGAGGCAAUCACAAAUCUGCUUUAGAUGGUCUGACUCUUAAAUCUGGAAUGGUCAAGCCAAAUGCAGCUCCUUUUAGGCGGAAGUUGGUUAGGAAGGCUAAAGUAAUACGCAAAGAUUGGUCUACUCCGAACUUAGGAGGCAGAGCUAAUGCAGGGGGCAGUGGUGUCAUCUCUCUCUCCCCCACAAGUCAAAAUGCUGAAAUUGUCCAGGCCAAAGUAAUCCAUGAUGACAAUAGGCCUGCUAUGAAUUUAGGAGGCGGAGCUAAAGCGUUGAGCAAUGAGAUUCCUUCUCUCUCCCCUCCAAGUCAAAAUGUGGAGGCUAAUGUCGAAGGAAAUGGCAAUGUUUCCAGCCAGCCAUCAACUUCGAAUGUAGGGGCUAGAAUAGUGGGAGUUAGUAGUAUCUCUGCCCCUUCUGUGAACAUGCAUGUGGGUGGUGUACAUAGCUCGCUUCCUCCCCACAGUUCGAUUAUUACAAACAGUCAAAUGCCAGAGCAAAAUUUUGAUAAUGCGCAGUAAUAGAAAUUUGUUUUGAGUACAGUUCAGCUCUUUUUGUCAGGUAAUCUGGGAUUACUUGCUAUUGUUCAAUUUGAAGUGGUGAAUCUGGAGGGUCAACAAGGUUACUUUAAACAAGUCAAUUCUGCAUUACAAGCACCAAGCUCAGUAUACUUUGUAGACGAACUAAGGUUUAUAGAUAGUGUUUUCCGUGCAUACUGUACAAUUGUAUGCGUCUCUAUUGAAUGUAUAUAAGUUCUUUUGUUUG